CCAUUUUGUCGUGGUAUUUCAAGAUUGAGCUUCCAUUCAUGAACACUUCUUCACCAAUAUCAAGAAACUACGUGUGAUAACAACCAUCCCUUCGCCAUGGCCACCCCUCUUCGUAUCGGAUUCGUGCCGGAGCACUUUUCUACCCCGCUGCACUUUGCCCAGAAGCACUUUGGUCUUGAUGCCACUCUGAUCCCCUUUCCAUCGGGCACCGGCCACAUGAUUACAGCUUUGCGGGCCGAUGAGAUCGACAUUGGCAUUGGCUUGACAGAGGCAUGGAUUGCUGGACUCGGAAAGGAGGGCAUUGAGGGAGAUGGCGGAUAUCGCCUGGUUGGAACAUACGUUGAGACUCCCCUCUGCUGGGCCAUCUCAACCGGGGCCAAGCGGCCCGAAAUCACCGCCGUCGACUCCCUCAAGGGCGGCAAGAUCGGCGUCUCCCGCAUCGGCUCCGGCAGCUACGUGAUGGGCUACGUCCUCGCCGACAAGAACGGUUGGCUCUCGACUCCAGGCACGGAGCCCUUUUCCGACACCGUCGUCCUCAACACGUUUGAGAAGCUGCGCAACGCCGUCAACUCGGGCGAGGCGGAUUUCUUCAUGUGGGAGCACUUUACGUCGAAGAAGUUUUACGACUCGGGUGAGAUCCGUCGCGUAGGCGAGAUUUACACGCCUUGGAGCAGCUGGAAGAUUGUGGCGUCGACGAAGCUCACUCAGGGAGGGCUGGAUGCUCGCGUAAAGGAUUUGUUUGAGAAACUGGACAAGGGGGUGGCCUAUUUCAAUGCUCAUCAGGACGAGGCGGUAGAGUACAUCUCAACGAAUCUGGAUUAUUCGGCUGAGGAUGCAAGGGAGUGGCUCAAGACUGUCGAGUUCCCAGCAAAGACAGAAGGCGUCAAGCCAGAGGUCGUGUCCAGCUGCAUUUCGAUUUUACGAAAGGCUGGCGUCCUGGCUGAGGGCAAAGGCAUGAGUUCGGAUGCGAUGGUUGUGUGAGGAUUUAUUCAUGAGAAAAUUGAAGAUAGCUAAGCGAGCAUCGAAGUAUAAGAAAAUUGAUAAUGUAUUACUAUCUAGAUUAAAUAUUACUUUAUACUCCCUUACGCCCAGGGCAAUACCGAGUACUGUAACACUAUUCUUAUUACACCUUUCGCUUCAAAAUGUCAGUAACAAGCUCAAUCAUGGGUAUUCGCCGCGGCGAUGCUGAUGCGACUCAAGAGCGCACUUAAGGUCCGUACAGGCUCCAGUUGAUGGAGGCAGGGUUGGCGUAACAGUCAGACUUGAUGGCAAACUCGUGGCUAGAGUAGGAGCCAGCAGGGAGGUCCUCGAGGGUAGCACACUCAGGGAGCAGGCGGACGGGAACACAGCCGGCGGGGAUGUUCCUCUCGACCUGGCCAGUCGAGCUGACGGUGGUGGCGGCCUGCUUCACGACAUUGAACUUUGUGCCCUGGUAGUAGGCGAGGGGCUCGUUGCAGAUGACAUAGGUCUCAGGCUGGAGGAAGCGGAAGCCCUCUGGGAACUGAGAGAUGGAAACACCCUUGGUGCCAGGGCCGCCGUUGAUAUUGGCAGUAGAGAGAGUCGCAGAGCCGGCAUCCUUGGCCAGAGAGAAGCCAUAAGGAGAGAGGGGAGAUCCCUGGUCGGUGAUGAUGGUCGAAGCACCGAAGCGGUAGUCGGUGGCAGUGCCGUUCUGGUAGAAGAUGCUCGGGUUGUCACUCUUUGCUCCGACGCCGGCCUGAGCCAAUCCAGCACCGACGUGGAUGCUGUUAACGUAGAGGCCCUGGACAGAGGGCGAGAAGUCGAGAGACUUGUCGGUAACGUUGACGAAGAGGCGGAAGCCCGUGGACUGCUGGGUAGGAGGAUAGUUGGGGACAAUGGCGAGGGGAGAGGCAGCAGCGGCGCCGACAAGGCCAAGGAGAGCAGCAGAGACAAACAUCUUGACGGGUGAUUUGGUGGGUUGUUGGUUUGUCUGAUGUGUUGAGUUCAAGUCUGUUGUUGGAAGACGUUGGCUUUGUGGUGGUGUAAGUUGUCA